UAACCUGCUGUACCCGGUGCCCCUGGUACAUCGCGUGGCCAUCGUCAGUGAGAAGGGGGAGGUGAAAGGCUUCCUCCGAGUGGCUGUGCAGGCCAUCUCAGCUGAUGAAGAGGCCCCUGAUUAUGGAUCUGGUGUGAGGCAGUCAGGCACUGCCAAGAUCUCCUUUGAAGACAAACAGUUUGAGAAGUUCCAGACCGAGUCGUGUCCUGUUGGUCUGUCCCACUCCAACACCUCCCAGGAGGAGCUGCGAAUCGUGGAGGGAGAAGGACAGAACGCAGAGAUAGGAAUUUCUGCAGAUGAAGUCAACAACAACACCUGUCCAGCCGUCAUGGAAGCUCCCCGCAGCCCAGUAAAGAGUUCAGGUCUGGGUCUGGAUCUUCCUUUGGACCUCUCCCCAGAGAAAGCUCUGUCCCACCUGAAGAUCGGCAGCACCUUCACCUUCAGAGUCACCGUCUUACAGGCGUCCAGCAUCUCAGCCGAGUACGCCGACAUCUUCUGCCAGUUCAAUUUCAUCCACCGCCAUGACGAAGCUUUCUCCACUGAGCCGCUGAAGAACACGGGCAGAGGACCUCCGCUGGGAUUUUACCAUGUUCAAAAUAUCACAGUGGAGGUGACAAAGUCGUUCGUGGAGUACAUUAAGACUCAGCCCAUCGUCUUCGAGGUGUUUGGUCACUAUCAGAAACAACCAUUCCCUCCGCUCUGCAAAGACCUCAUCAGUCCACUGAGACCUUCCAGGAGGCAGUUCCCCAGAGUGAUGCCCUUAUCCAAACCAGUGCCGGCCACGAAGCUCAGCACGCUGACUCGCUCCACUGCAGGACCUUGUCACGCCAAAUAUGACCUCAUGGUCUUCUUUGAGAUCUGUGAGCUGGAAGCUAAUGGAGACUACAUCCCAGCUGUCGUUGACCACAGAGGCGGGAUGCCCUGCCACGGCACUUUCCUCUUACAUCAG